GAUAACGUCGGAGAGAUAAUUUCGUGGCGUAAUGUCGGCGGAGGACGAGAAGUUAUUGAAGGAGGCGAAGAAACUUCCAUGGGAGGAUCGGCUUGGGCAUAAGAAUUGGAAAGUUAGGAACGAGGCUAACGUCGAUUUAGCUUCUGUUUUCGAUUCGAUUACUGAUCCUAAGACCCCUCGUCUUCGCGAUUUUGGUCACUUGUUUAGGAAGACGGUGGCGGAUUCUAAUGCGCCGGUGCAAGAGAAAGCGCUUGAUGGCAUUGAUUGCGUUUUUGCGAGCAGCCGAUUCAGAUGCUGGAAGGAAGUUUGCGAUGCUAUUGCUGCUAAAUGUCUCACGGUCGGAAGAAUACUGUCGAUAAGGCGCAAGCUGCUUUCUUACUUGGGUAGAAUUAGAGGCCGUCGAUGUUUUUUCUGGCGAGCUGACAUAUAAAUGAAAGUGCUUUAUAACCCAGAAUGCAACCAUAUACUGAUCUUAGAAGGAGUGACGGUAAAAUAUAGCUUGUGGCUCUUUGCCCAGUUCUGUGUUAUGCUAGGUAUCUAAUGUGAUAUAGGAAAAGACAAUUUAAAUAACGAUGAACUGACAUAUGUCCUGAGCAUCUGUGUUUAAGGUUAAGAAUGGAAUCUUCUGUGGUCUGUUCCAGUUAAUCAACCUCUCAGUUUUGAGUUGUUGUCACCGUGUCUUGAUCUGUUGGACUUCUGCUAUGAAUAAUACUUAUUUCUGAAG